ACUCUCAUCUUUUCGAGUUGAGAGAGACCAUGAAUGCCAGUGGUUGGUGCCUGUCACAGGUGGGGACGAGGUCCCAUCGCCAUCCCCAAAGCGUUUGCGCACGGAGCAGACAUUGGAAAUCUCACUAUAUGAAGUUGAUGAUGCGCAGAAGAUCGUUGGUCUUGAGGUCAAUGGCGGUUUCUUAUGUCCAUACUCCAUUUGGACGAACCUGAAGUUCCCAUUUCUGAUUGUGAAGGAGGCAUAGUGGUCUUGAAACACUGCAGCAAGGCCUGGGUAUGCUGCGUCCACAGGGCAAAGAGUGACCAGGUGGGCACCUACGCGCAAACUGCUUUGCCAUUAUCCUGCCACAGUGACUUUGUGAGCUUCGAGCACAAUGGAGCUGAAGUGACUUGGGAACAGGUGAUCGAGGCUGUACCAGUGGCGACCAUUACGUUCAAGCCUACACCGCAGCUCACCUGAGAAAGUGUGGAACAUUGAGGUUGACGUGACCUGGAAAGUGACAUCGUUGGCCGCAUUCAUCGCAGCCGUUUCGAGUGUCCCAUGUGAGUCAGUCUUGAUUCAUGCGAAGAAUACAUUUCCGCCGUCUGAUUCCUUCCUUUGUGAUGUUUUGUGACGCAGUGCCCUGUUCAGGUGUUGCCGAUUUCAAGAAGUGGGGACCGUGACGUUGGCAUACGCACUGCUGACAACAGUCAUGUUCGUUUGGCAGCCCGACAUCCAAAUCAUAAACUGAUCUGCGCGGUCAGUAUUCGUCAGAGUGAAUGCUGCGUGAAUGUGAUUCCAGUCCUUUUUCCGGAAAUGUGCCAGGCACAUGUUUGGACGUGUGGUGAUGACAAAGGGGGCGACGCUGCCUUGAGAACCCUGGAUGACCUGUUGUCGCAGCAUGUCGAUGUGAUCAUGGUUGCUUGGGACACCAAAGCGCCGUAUCGUUGCACCAAGGUCAAGAUCAUGGAUUCAAAGCAUGAAGCCGGCUCCAGUUUGUUCCUUGAGACUUGAGGCAUACUCUGGUUGUCAUACCACUCAGCGAUGGGUUCGAAGUCCUUGGAAGAUUCAGGCCGAGUUGCUGACUAUUCCAGCCGGCAUUGACUUAGGUGAAGUUGGAGCCUCAUUUGUCGCAGCUUCACAGAUGAAUACUAGUUUGACUGUGCAUUGUGGGAGCACUCUUUUUGAUCCGGCCAUCAAGACACAUGAAGUUGGUUUGGCUGACACUCUUUCCUUUCGUCUGGCGCCUUUGAAGGGCGGGAUGCCGGGAGCUGAUCAUAGCCCCUAUCGGGGCGAGGUGUGGGCAAUUUUGUUGGCAUUGCAGCGUGUUUGGGCUCCCAGGUUUUUCACUGAUUGCUCAGCUGUGGUUUCGUUGCUCCAGCAAAUGUUGAUGGAUCGGCAAUUAGGUCUGACUUCUCAGGCCUGUAAGCAUUGGGAUCUUUGGGAGCUUUGGACUCAUAUUCUUCGUCGUCCUGUGGGGGCGGUGACGAUUACUAAGGUCUCUUCCCACACUCAAUGGUGGCUUGCACCAUCAGAGUUUGAUUCGUGGUGUGGACGAUGGAAUGACACCGUUGACAAGACUGCAAAGAGGGUACUGACUGGUACACGCAGAGAUUUGCUUGAUAAACUGACCAGCUUAUUUCACGAUGCGGAACGCAAUGCUGCGUUGUUGUUUGAAUUCCACCAGUAUUGGACCGCUGCUUCCUGUGGGGCCAUGUCACAAAAGGACGAUGGACAACAAUCUGCAGGCUCCGUUCCUGAUAUUGAGGGGAUGUACAUGCAGCAAGGAGGCGUUUGUCCUCUCGCCAGGGUACAGUGGUGUGCCGACGUUGACGCACCAUUUGGCGCAACUUUCUCUGAACGAUUUUUCCGAUUGUUUCAGCGAGUUUCUUUGAACCCCGGUGGUGGUGCUGAGGAAAGCUCUAGUCUGUUGGAACUUUACAUUUCAUUUGCUCUUGAUACUCGCACUAUGGCUCCGGUCUACUUUCCCUCACUUAAGAAGAAAACUGCUAGCCGUCCUUAAUACUCAGUUGAGAACUUUCGUACAGAUUUUUAAGUGGCUCAAUUGUCACUGGCACGUUUCCAACCUUGAUUCUUGAUUGCGGCCGGAGGAGGCUUCGCCCACUCGGGUACCUCUCGGCUAGUACCUACGUGUGUGGCCAAAUUCGUUCUACCAAACGGUCCUUGUGCUGGCAAGGCACUGUGGGACUAUUUCCAUCGCAGUCGUAAAGCUACAUACAAUUUGAAGGCGCCGUGGCCGCGGUUGCAACAGGUGGCUCCGCUACCUGACGCGCGCGAGGUUUUUACCUUGCUGUUUGCGCUUUGCAUGCGCUGAGGAUUUUUCCAAUUAGACAAUCACGUCUGCCUUACGCAUAGCCGAGGGUAGCCAUUGCACACGACGCGUGUUUUAAACGACAAAAGCAAAAAGCCCAGUGGUUGGGGGUCUCCGUUCUUUAAGGCCCAUACUGCAUCUCUUUCAAUCUUCGAUGUUCAAUUUUGCCAGGCUGUUUCCUCCAAGUUUGGGGUCGACAGACAUGCAGUAACCCACUAGAGCAGCGGACUGAUGGAAACGAGCUCUCGUGCCAUGUUUAUCUUAUCCAUCGCCUAGCCGGUCAGUACUGCGUGCUGGCUGGAUCCUUCAGACGUUUGCAAGGUUUGCCUGCAUUCACAUUCGGCCGCAAAAUGGCGUGUGAGUGAUGCAAGUGUUCGAGGUUUUGACACAGUCCACCGGUGGUUGAGUUUCAUAGAAUAUAUACGUAUAAUAAUGUAUCAUAUUUAUAUAUAUAUAUAUGCACAAAGUGCUUGGUGUGUCUGGUGGCAAUCAGGCCUUCACGCUCUAAUCAAAUCUGCUGGCACGCUGCUUUCAAUCGCCAUUUCGCUUUGAUACACUUGACGUUUACAGCAUUUCUGCAACACCCUUGAGUUGGAUACAUCACGGCUGUAUCGUGAAACUUUCGAGCAUUUACUUGGAUAACUCCUGGAGUCUGGGAAAGGUAGAAUCUUGCCCCCCAAGAGGAGAUGCGCAUGCACAAUCAAGAUUAAUCAAGAGUAUCAUGCAUGCGUGUAUAUAUAAAUAUAUACACGCAGGGUUAUAGAGAGAGAAGGAGAGAGGGAGAGUCGUAUGUCAUCUGGUUUGUCACAUUGCUUCGCCCUUGAAGUGUUUGCCAACCAAUUUCUUUUUGCUCUGAUAUUCCAAGUUUUUGCACUGGCCCUUCCAGAAUUCCAGCAGAAUAGUGUCCUUGCUUGUAAUGCUUAUAUUUGACCGCGGUGCUUGUUCGCAUGACCAGUCCUUCUGAAAGGUCUGCGCAUUGCGCUAUUCUUCGCAGGUAGAGCCCGUUCUAUGUACGUUGAUUAAAGGUUCCUACAGAUCGCAGUAUCCAAGUAAGUGCAAGACCAAAUGGACAUAUGUGGGCCUGAAAGCUGAGCUGAUGUUGCAAUGACAGAUGGAGUUGGUUUUGACUUUUGUUUGACAUUUCUGUCCCCGCCACCAUUUAACCAGAACCCAAAGGAAUUGAAUCCAAUUUGCUGCUUUGGCUGACCAUGCGGCAUGCAUUUCUUCCUUCACACCCGCACCUUUUUGGACCAGAAGGCGACACUUCCUACAUCACUUUGCUCCUCAUGCGAACCUAUUUAUUUGCUUAUCAAGGCAUUUUGGAGCUCUUUGCACCUGAACCCGCAGGAGGCAGAUGGGAAUCAUUUAUGAGUCAUGAGUGUAUUGGACUUCUUUGGCAAUACCAAGCCCAAGGUAGCCACUUCAACAUUGACUUGCGCAUGAAUUGCAGCAUACAAUUCUUGUGAAAGGCUGUGCUUAUUCUGAAGAUGUUGGAUCGUUUGGAUGGCCACAAGAACGAUCGUGUGGACUUUGCUAACUUUGUGAGCUGUGCAAGGAAGUUGAAAGGCUAUGCCACGAAGGUGGAGAUGAUGACCCUGAUGUACGAUCAUUCCAGGCUGUUGGACACAGUCCAGUCAGAGUUUCAAGAACUGAAAGCGCUCAUUGCUCGCUGACACACCCAGCCCACGAGUGAA